AUGAUGUUCCCGAACAACCUGAACCUCCGACCGUCAGCCAUAGUACUACCGGAGAUCACUGGAAAUUGGGAGCUGAAGCAUACACUAAUUCAAAUCUUGCCCAAGUACAGUGAUAUGCCCGGGGAGGACCCUCAAAGGCAUCUCCAGGACUUUGAGAUGGCAUGUGGAACAGUGCGCACCGCUAGUCAAGCCCUUGAAGGAGCGAGGGAGUGGUUGUACGAUUUGCCCGAAGGAAGCAUUCGGACCUGGCAGGAGUUGCAGAGCAAGUUUUUGGAAAAACAUUUUCCAGCCACCCGAAUCCAGAAUUUGAGGACUCGGAUAAGCAACAUCAAGAUGGGAUCGAGAGAAAUCCUCUACGAGUAUUGGGGAAGGUUCAAGCAGAUGUUAGCCAAAUGCCCGCAACAUCAAAUACCGGAUCAUGACCUUAAUCGGUACUUCGUGGGGGGACUUCGAAGGCAAGACAGGCAAUGGUUACACGCAGCAUAUGGAGGAUCAAUCCUGAACAAGUCCGCAGCAGAGGCUUUCAAACUCAUAGCCGAUAUGGCCGAGGAAUCAAGGGAUGAGGAAGGUACUAUAGUCAGAACUGCUCCGGUACCAAAUCCUUCUGCCCAAGACGACAAGUUGGACAAGCUAUGCAACAUGUUCGAAAAAUUCAUGACAAACCAAGAAACAUCCAACCAAGGAACCCCCAACAUCCGGAAACCUGUGAAGGCAUGCCAACUUUGCUUGGCAAAUUCACAUGCAACCGAUGAAUGUCCACAACUUUUCGAAGAUGAAGAGCUUAAUGCUAUUGGGCAGCAGCAUAACAAUCAAGGGUGGAGACAGCACGAGAACCUUAGGUACGACAACAACAACUUUUUGGGGCCAAACCAAGGACAAACGAGCAAUCCACAACAACACUCGCAACAACCUCAACAAGUAAGAGGAUCCUCCCUAUCAGAACUUGUACACCAAAUGGCCCAACAACAAGUGAAAUUCCAGCAAGAGACCGAAAAAUUCAUAAUGGAGAUAAGAGGAGGGAUGCAGAAUGUGAAUUCCCAACUGUCACAUCUUGCCCAAGUCGUAGCCCGACUUGAAAGCAAACAAGGGGAACUCCCUUCCCAAGUGGAGGUGAAGAAAGUGAAUACUAUGACACUUAGAGGUGGAAAAGAGUUACCUGAGGUUGUUCGGAAGAAAAAUCACGAAGAACCAGAGGUGAGCGAGGAGGUUGGAAUGGGGUCGGCAGAUGAGGAAGAACUUACCCAGGAAAGAGAAAUCAAGAGGAAGGCAGUAGGGAAGGGCAAAGAGAAAUUGAGCCAAGCUGAGCCCAUAAUCCCCUUCCCAGGAAGAAUGGCCAAGGAACAAGAAAAGGAAGAACUAACCGAACUGGUGAAAAUCUUCAGAAAGGUGGAGGUCAAUAUGCCCCUUUUGGUCGCACUACGCUCUAUGCCCAGAUGUGCAAAAUUUCUCAAGGAACUCUGCAUUCGGAAAGUCAAAUACACUGACGAUGCGAAAUUUCAAGUGGGCGAGUCCGUGUCUGCAGUCUUACAAAGAGAUAUGCCUAUAAAAUAUGGGGAUCCUGGCAUGUUCUAUAGCCCAUGUGUAAUAGGAACCAUGAAGGUGGAAAAGGCAACGCUCGACUUAGGGGCAUCCAUCAACGUUAUACCUUUAUCCAUGUAUCAGGACCUGGAGAUAGGACCACUGAAGCCUACCCGAUUGGUGAUUCAACUGGCAGAUCGGUCAAACGUAUACCCAGAAUGA